AUGUUACUAAAUAGCGCCGGCCUGGCGCGGAGUGGGCGUUUUGUUGUUUCGCGGGCACCUUUUGGCUCGCGUGUGGGCAGACGCACGUUCACUAGCGACUCGCACAAUUUUAAAAACUUCUACAACGGCCAGACUCUGGCUAAACACUUUGAGACAGCAGGCCAUGGGUAUUUGAUGUCUUUGUCCUUUGAGCCCAAGGACAGACUGAAGGACAACAGCAAAGCCACCGAUGGGUUGAUUUCCAAGUAUCGCAAGAAGGUGUACACCAACACAGUGUAUGAUUCGCCUACUGGCGAGGAUAACUACGUGAUAGCCUACAACGACUCGCGGGUGCUUGCUGGAGUGCUAGACGGCGUGGGCGGGUGGUCUGAGCAAGGGUUUGAUUCCAGCGCAAUCAGCCGCGAGCUGUCGAACCACGUCACCACCGAGUUCUUAGGCGAACCCGAUCUUACCCCUCUUGAGAUACUGGAACAAGCAUUUACAAAGAUGAAGCAGGACGGGUCUGUCGAGGUGGGGUCCACGACGAUCUGUUUUGGGGUGAUCGACUCCAACACCAACAAGCUGCACGCAGUGAACCUCGGCGACUCGUGGUUCGGUGUCUUCAGAAAGGAAAAGUCCAAGUUCAAGUGUGUGCACCAAUCUGAGGAGCAAACGUACUCAUUUAACGCUCCGUACCAGCUUUCUGUGAUUCCGCAGGAGUUUCUGGACCUGGCCAAGAAACGCGGGUCCAAGUACCUCAUGAACGAGCCCCGCGACGCUGACCAGUACGAGUUCCAGCUCGAGUCCGGUGAUAUCAUCAUGUUCACCACCGACGGAUUAAUAGAUAACGUGGUGAUCAACGACGUGGAAAUGUAUUUGGACGACGUGUUCGACCCAGAACAGAUCGGAGAAGUCAACAAGAACCUCGUACGCAACGUCAAGGACCUAAGUUUGAACACAGACUUCAAGAGCGUGUUCUCACAGCGGCUGAGCAAGCUCACCGGCCAGGACUACAUCGGCGGAAAGCCCGACGACAUCACCAGUGUUCUUGUAUACGUGGAGUGA